AUGCUGACCAUCAAUGGGAAGAUCAUCCCCAUAAGUCACACCAUUUGCGCAUUCUCCGCCUUUUUUGCUGCUUUGGUCACUGGUUAUUCACUACAUUUUCAUAAAAUCGUUACUAAUGCUCAUUAUACAUAUCCCGAUGAGUGGUUUCCUAGUGUGUCAGCCACUAUCGGGGAUCGUUAUCCAGAACGUUCUAUUUUUCAAAUCUUGAUAGCUUUAACUGCUUUUCCGAGAUUUCUAUUGUUACUAGGUCACUACUACCUGAAUCAAUCUAAGGUGUGCCUUCUUAUUGGGGUACUCCGUACAGUCUCUUGCGGUGGUUGGGUAUACAUUACAAGUACAGACGACCACGAUAUACACGAUAUAUUUAUGAUCACUUACAUUGUUUUAACGUUACCAUGGGAUAUAAUGAUUACCCGCUAUUCGAGUCCUUUAAUUUCGAAGAACAAAGGGUUGACUGCAACAAUAUUUUUUGCAACGCUGUUCCCAAUGAUUUACUGGUACAUUCAGCAUUCUGUUCAGCAAAGAGCGGGCGCUUAUUCUAUCUAUGCGUAUUUUGAAUGGUCUUUGAUUCUUCUAGAUAUUGCUUUUGACGCAUUUGCGUAUGCUGAUUUCAAGAAGAUAGAUAUUGUUCUCGCUUUCAAUGAAAAACCUUCUAAUACAAGCUUUUUUCAGAUAAAGGACUCUAGUGGUAUUACGCAUGGCGAGAAGAAAAGUACAAAGUUGCAAGAAAUACAAACUGAAAAAAAAGUUGAAGGGGAAAAAAUAAUUGUCUCAAAUGCGACAGGCCCAUAUUUCAAGUUUGACUCUUUUUUUUAUCUAUUGACAAACCUUUUUAAUGGUUUUCUUUUUUGGUCGAAUGUCACCUCCCUAUUAUGUAGCAUUUGGCAUUUCCCACUUUGGUAUAUGGGAAUUUCAGGUUAUGAAGCUGCAAUUCUGGGUUAUUUGGGGCCUAUUUUCUUAUAUUUACCCCUUGUCUCUGAAGCCUUCACUCAAUAUGGUGUACUUUUGGGAGGCAUUAUUGCCAUUGGAGCCUAUAUUGUUCAAAUGCCAGAACUAAGGUUGAUUUCUGUAGCUCUAGGAACUUCCAUUACCGUUGCAACCUUUGUACAAAAUUUGAGAUUUAUUACCAAUGUGGAGACCAGCAUUUCUUUUGCUCUUACUUGGUUAUUAGGCCUUGUCGCGUCUGUGGUUUUGAAAAUGAGGUUCUACACUAACAACCCAACUUGGGUUAUCUUGGAUGAGCAUAAUGGUGGCUACAAUAAGACUGCUCUUAUCCUUACUGUUUUAUUUGGUAUGUUGUCGCCUUACGUUAAUUUCGUCAAUUUUGAAGGGAAGAGAAAUACUCAAGGACGGUCACUUUCUUCAGUAGCCAAACUAUUCUUAGCUGUCGGAUUUGGUUCAUUGUUAUUUGGUAUUCACCAACUGUUGACAGAUUCCUCUACUACUAUUUAUUGGGCAUGGGAAGGUUACAAUAUAUCACAUGGUCCCCUAUCGUGGCCAUGGAGUGCAUUAACGUGUACUGUCAUGUUAUUUGCUUCUGUGAGCUCUGUCAAAUUUGCAGGUAAGCCAUUCAUUCCCUGUUUUUUACUAAUCAUAUCCACUGCUGUUCUUUCAAUUAGGAGCGUUACCCAAUGGCCAAAAUAUAUUUUUGGGGGUUUAUUGUACGCAAUCGCUAUGCUUUGGUUAGUUCCUUCAUAUUUUUCUACAUUAUGUCAAGUUCAAAGCAUAUGGGUUUAUGUCAUUUCAUUCUCCGUUUACAUUAUCUUUGUCUUAGCUCAUGUUUGGGUCGUUGCAUAUGCAUUUGUUCCAAUGGGUUGGGUGCUGAGGGAAAAGAUUGAGACUGUUCUUGCCGUUUCCUCAGCAUUUAUCAUUCUCGGUGCCUUGAUCUGCAGAAAUCAGAACGUACAACCGGUGACUAUGGGCAAAAAAUUUUUCACCUACUUUUCCUUUUUUGCUGUCGCUCUAUUAGCAUUAACCAUCAGCUUUGUGUACGACAUUAGACCCACCGGGAUUCCUCAGCCUUACCAUCCGGAUUCACAGUUAAUCACAGCUGGUAUUUGGACAAUUCAUUUUGGUCUCGACAAUGAUAUGUGGGCAUCUGAAGACAGAAUGAUCAACCUAAUUGAAGAUAUGGAGCUGGACGUUAUAGGUUUAUUAGAGACAGAUACACAAAGAAUAACCAUGGGCAAUAGAGAUAUAACUAGCAAACUAGCGCAUGAUUUGAAUAUGUACGCAGAUUUUGGGCCAGGUCCCAACAAACAUACGUGGGGUUGCGUUCUUCUUUCUAAAUUCCCUAUUGUAAACUCUACGCACCAUUUAUUACCUUCUCCAGUGGGAGAACUUGCGCCAGCCAUCCAUGCCACACUUCAAACAUAUAAUGACACACUAGUUGAUGUCUUUGUUUUCCAUAGUGGACAGGAAGAGGACGAGGAGGAUAGAAGGUUGCAGAGUAACUAUAUGGCUAAACUCAUGGGUAAUUCGACACGCCCUGCUAUUCUAUUAAGCUAUCUAGUUGUUGAUCCAGGUGAGGGUAACUACAACACGUACGUUAGUGAAACUUCAAAAAUGCAUGACAUCGACCCUUCUGACGAUGAUAGAUGGUGCGAAUAUAUUCUGUAUAAAGGGUUGAGGAGAACAGGAUAUGCUAGGGUUGCAAGAGGAACAAUAACUGAUACUGAGCUACAAGUCGGCAAAUUCCAAGUUUUGAAUGAGGAAGCGUUAGCAGAACACUCAGAUUCCAUUUAUGAGUAUGAUCAUGUUGAUGAAGCUGAAAGUGAAGAUAUGAAAUUUCCCGAUAAGUUUUUGGGCGAAGGUGAGAGAGGACAUUUCUAUCAUGUUUUCGAUGAGCCACGCUACUAUCCAUAA